AUGAUAUUUUCACGGAGAAGCUAUCUCCUUCCCACUGUGAUUCUCAUCUGCCUCACCUACAGUCUGUUCUCUAAUCUACCGCCUGGCGCAAAGAGACCGCAUUCACAUACCCAUGACAAUGCGCACCAACCCACCUCGACUUCAGCAUCCUCAGUUGGUGAUCGAAUCCAUUGGACUAAACAAUCUGAACACCAUCCGAUUGAGGAAUAUAUCCCUCUUCCUACUGCAGUACCAUCCGCUAUACCUAAGAUUCAGUAUGAGUUUCCAAGAGAGUCGUGGGUUGCUGGAUGGAGGAGGAGGAAGAGACAGAACGCCGUGAAGAAGGCGUUCCAACAUGCGUGGAAAGGAUACAGAGACAAUGCCUGGCUACGGGACGAGCUAUCCCCUCUUAGCGGGCGCCAUCGCGAGACGUUUGCUGGAUGGGCGGCUACGCUGGUUGAUUCCCUUGAUUCUCUGGUCAUCAUGGGCAUGACAAAAGAGUUUGAAGAAGCGCUGGAAGCUCUCGACCGCAUCGAUUUCUCGACAACGCAUGCUCUGCAGAUCAAUAUCUUUGAGACCAACAUUCGCUACCUGGGCGGGUUCCUGGGUGCCUAUGAUCUCACCGACGGCAAAUACCCGAUCUUGCUUAAGAAAGCCACCGAGAUUGCGGACAUGAUAUAUGGAUCGUUCGACACCCGUAACAGGAUGCCGCAAUCCAGAUGGGAAUGGACCAGAUCUGCAGAAGGUCACGGCAUUAUGCCCGGUAAACAAACUAUUCUUGCUGAACUUGGAUCGCUCAGUCUGGAAUUCACCAGAAUGUCUCAGCUGACCAAGGAUCCUAAGUACUUUGAUGCCAUUCAAAGGAUUACGGACUUUUUUGAAGAGAAUCAGGGACUUACAAAACUGCCAGGCCUGUGGCCUAUGAUGGUGAAUGCACAAGAUAUGGAAUUCAGUGACCCUCGAUUUACAAUCGGAGGGAUGGCUGACUCGACGUACGAGUACCUCCCGAAGGAGCAUAUGCUGCUUGGAGCCCAAACGAAUCAAUAUCGCAGAAUGUACGACUCGUUCAUGAAAGCUCUCAAGAGCCGUCUCCUCUUCCGCCCAAUGACGAAGGACAACCGAGACAUUCUUUUUGCUGGGAACGUCCAGGCCAAUGUGAUCUCCCCCAGCAGGGAAAGGCUGGAUCCACAAUGGGAACAUCUGAAGUGCUUUUUGGGUGGUACUGUUGGCAUUGGGGCCAAAGUAUUCGACCGUCCUGAAGAACUUUCAAUCGCGCGGAAGUUGGCCGAUGGAUGCAUCUGGGCAUACGAUAUCAUGCCUACUGGCAUCAUGCCAGAGAUACUCCAUCUGAGCGCAUGUCGUGACCCGAAUGAUUGCAAGUGGGACGAAAACAAGUGGUAUCAGGACGUGCGGCACCGCUUGGCGAAGAAGUCCAGCUCGGAGAAUCACAUCAAGCAGGCUGAAUCAUUGAUUGAGACAUACGGGCUGCCGCCAGGAGUUGUUGAUAUUCCAGACCCGAAGUAUCACCUCAGACCAGAGGCUAUCGAAUCUGUGUUCAUACUGUACCGUAUUACCGGCGAUACGAAACUGCAGGAUGCUGCAUGGCGAAUGUUUAAGAAUAUCGAGAAGAUGACUUGGACUCACUUUGCCCACGCCGCAAUCGCCGAUGUGCGCGAUCCUGAGUCGCCACAGCUGGAUUACAUGGAGAGUUUCUGGCUAGCGGAAACCCUGAAGUACUUCUACCUCAUUUUCUCCGAGCCGAAUGUUGUAAAUCUGGAUGAUUACGUCUUGAACACCGAGGCGCAUCCAUUCAGGCGCCCUUCUAUUCGAUCGUGA